AGCAAAACUGACGCAACGCAAUGAUGGCGUCUCAAAAACCUCGGGCAAAAAACAUGAACAACUUCUUCAAUCCCAGUAGACCAAGCCCGCGUCCAUGGCCGAACAGGAAGAAGCAAACCAAUAAAUCUGCCAUUUUCAUUUGCUCCGUUUCUCUACUUGUUGUUUUCUUCGUCGUCGUCUUCUUCUUCAUCACUUACUCCGAGAUGCCCAAGUCCCUGUUCUCAAUCUCUGCCUUUUCUGGAUCCGUUCAAUUCCCUCAGUGCAGAUCCGAGAUACUAACCCGAACUCUUCUAGGUCAGAAGUUCCUCUGGUACGCUCCUCACAGUGGAUUCAGUAAUCAGCUAUCGGAAUUUAAGAAUGCGGUUUUAAUGGCGGGAAUUCUUAAUCGGACCCUAAUUAUUCCUCCGAUUCUGGAUCAUCACGCCGUCGCUCUCGGUAGCUGUCCUAAAUUUAGGGUUUUGAGCCCCAGCGAGAUACGAAUCUCAGUUUGGAAUCAUUCAAUUGAGCUUCUUAGGACUGACAGGUACGUUUCGAUGGCUGAUAUUGUAGACAUUUCGUCGCUGGUAUCUUCUUCGGCUGUUCGAGUCAUUGAUUUUAGGUACUUUGCAUCACUACUGUGUGGUGUUGACUUGGAGACUCUAUGCUCUGAUGAUUUAGCUGAACAGUCUCAGGCUUAUGAAUUGCUGAAACAGUGUGGCUAUUUGUUAUCUGGAGUUCGUGGCAAUGUGGAUAAAUGUUUGUAUGCUGUCGAUGAAGAUUGUAGAACCACAGUUUGGACUUAUAAAAACGGAGAUGCUGAUGGAAGAUUAGAUUCGUUCCAGCCUGAUGAGAAGCUUAAGAAGAAAAAGAAAUUGUCCUAUGUGAGAAGGCGUAGAGAUGUGUAUAAGACUCUUGGACAUGGUACAGAAGCCGAGUCUGCAGCUAUUCUAGCAUUUGGGAGCCUUUUCACGGCUCCAUACAAAGGCUCAGAACUGUAUAUCGAUAUACAUAAAUCUCCAAAGAUAAAACCUUUGGUUGAGAAGGUCGAUUUCCUUCCUUUUGUUCGAGAGAUAAUGAGGGCGGGCAAGAAAUUUGCCUCAGAAACCAUAAAGGCACCGUUUCUUUGUGCACAGCUUAGAUUACUAGAUGGCCAGUUCAAGAAUCAUCGGGAAAGCACGUUUACGGGUUUAUACCAGAAGUUGGAAUCUUUGAGCUUAAAGAAUCCUGGUCUAAUUAAUGUGUUUGUAAUGACAGACCUUCCUGAAAGUAACUGGAACGGAACUUACUUGGGUGAUUUUUCUAAGAACUCUACAAAUUUCAAGCUCCACUUUAUAGGGGAACAAGAUGAAUUCUUAGUGCGAACAGAGCAUGAGCUUGCUUCUGCGGGUCACGGCCAGAAAUUUGGGUCUAUUCCGAUGAGUCUGGAUAGUAUAAAAAAGAUGCAGAACCAUUGUGCUCCUCAUGGAGGAUCCAAUGUGCAGCUUUACAUAGAGGAAGCUGUUUGCAGCUGUGCGUCACUGGGUUUUGUUGGUACCGCAGGGUCUACAAUAGCUGAUAGUGUAGAGAUGAUGAGGAAAUACAAUGCCUGUAGUAGUAGUUGAACUCAGACUUGCAUUUCUAUGAUUCUUGUUUCCAGAUUGAAUUCAUCUACUGGAUGAGCCAAUGCGGAGUGGUUGCCGGUCUUUGUAUAGAGAUGGAUAGAGAUAGAUCUUUCAUCUGUCUCCACUCUCCACUUGAGGUAUUGGUGGUGAAAACAGGCUUUUGGGUUGUUUUGUGUUGUUAAGUUAUUUGGGAAACUAUCUUAGUUUCUUAUUAAUAGAAUUAAAGCUACUUGGUUCCUUUCUGGUAAUUCACACAACGAAAGGCUCGGGCCUGAGAUCGAUGACAACAAGAGUGGUUGCUUGGUGGUUUUGUGAGUUUUGUAGAUGUCCUCUUGUGGUCGACAAGAUUUGUAAUUGUUGUACCAAUGUCUUUAAACCGGUUUUGAAUAAGAAGUUUUGUACCAAAUAAAAUAGUGGAAUUGGUUUGGUUAAGAAGAAAUCUAAUUAAAUUAAACCGGAUUGAAAAUU